GACCUUCAUAUUCACUUUCGUUUCACUCCUCAAUAUAAACUAAAGUUCAUUUUUGGUUGUUAGAACAGAGCCUCAUUCGCCAAUGUUGGAUCACCUACAGGUGUUACAUUUGGAAUACAACAACAAAGAUGGGGAAAGAGCAGAGCACCCUGGCACAGAAUGGCUAUGUACUACAAAAAGAAACAGAAAAUGGUUCUGUUUACACAAAGGGAGAUGACACAUUUCUCAUUAAAAAGAUCAUUUUAGAUCAGACUACCGGAAAUGCUGAUCCAGCAUUAACCUCAGCGAUAGAAAUCCUCAAGACAACAAGCCAUCCUCAUAUUGUGAACAGCAAAAACUCUUUCAAAGAUAAAGAUCAGAAGACUUACUAUGUUGUGAUGGACUACUGUCAGGGAGGGAGCCUUGCUGCAAAGAUCACAGAGAUGAAUGACUCUCUGAAGGAGUUUGAGGUACUGAGCUGGAUUGUUGAGAUCUGUAUGGCUUUGAGAACCAUUCAUGAAAAAGACUUGCUUCACAAACAUCUGACACCAGAGAACAUACUCCUCACAGAAUUUGGUAUAGUGUGCCUGGAUGGAUUUGGAAAAAUCCAUGAAAAUUCAAAAAACACUGCAGCAAAUCUGUUGGAAAAAAUAAAUUAUCUGCCACCGGAAGUAUUCGUAAAUGGGACCUAUGAUGCUAAAAGUGACAUUUGGUCAGUGGGUUGCAUACUCUAUGAGCUCUGUACUCGACAAUUGGCAUUCUCAGCAGAGACUACGAUCAAGAUGAUGCCCAAGAUAAUUAAUGGUCCUUACCCAUCUCUCAAAGAGACAUUUUCACCAGAGCUUUGUGAACUAUUGAAUGAUAUAUUAAAUAGAGACCCUCAAUCAAGACCAACAGCCAGUGAGAUCCUGGAGCGUCCUUUUAUUGUAAACUGUCUCUCAAAAAAGUGCAAAACAACUGUGGAGGAACUCCAGACCAAGUUGGACAAGCUAAGGGAAGUGGCUGACGGUUUGGAACGUGUGCAUGAAGGCACCACCAUCGGCAGUCUGGCAGGUGGAGUGAUUGGAGCGGUGGGAGGGAUUACAUCCAUAGUGGGCCUUAUACUGGCUCCCUUCACUUUGGGAGCCUCUCUUAUUGUCACUGGGGUUGGAGUAGGAGUGGGUGUGGCUGGUGGGGUCACUGCUGGUGUCUCGAAUAUCACUAAUAUGGUCAACCAGUCUUCUGAUCGCAAAGCUAUUCGAAGCCUCAUAAAAGAGCUUGAACAGAAAGUUAAGGCAGUUGCCACCUGGCUCCAGGAGAUUGGAUGUGAAUCAACUGACAUAACUGACAAUAAGGAUAGUGAGUUAGAUGAAAACAACACGUUACAGCUUGGCUGCAGGGCAGGGAAGUGCCUGGGUGGCAUUUCUGAAGCGGUGCGACUUGGUAGAGUGCUGACCAUCGGCAAGACUGCAGCACAAACAUCCAGGGUAGUACGUGUGGCAGAGGUAGCAACAGGUGUGUUCUCUGGCUUAUUUGUGGCAGUGGAUAUGUUCUUUAUUGCCAUGGAUGCAAAAGAGUUACAUCACAUCAGACAGGCAAAGGCAGCAGAGGAAAAAGGUGGAAAUGUGUCUGACAAGUCUGACAAAUCAGAGGCACAGGACCAGCCUUCCCAAAAUACCACUCGAAUCAGAUCUGAGAUCAUGAAAUUUGUUCAUUCAAUCAGGCAGGCAGCAGACGAGUUGCAGAGAAUCUUGGAUGAGCUGAAAAGCAGCAUCAGUGUAACCCAAGGGUUACAUUAAACAAAAUCAAAAGCA